UCUGGUACCCGUACAAACUCCCGAUUAUCUUGUGCGCAACCCGUCUGACCCGUCUUGUCACUCGCUCUGCCACGAAAUCGCCGGGCGUCGUUGCAGACCACGCGAAUAAAAAACAUCUCCAUCAGGAUCCCGAUCGGAGAUAACGUGUGGUCUGAAAAAGGCGUCUGUGUUUGGGAUCCCAUCGACAGCGAAAAGAUAUCUACCAAUUAGAGGUGAGGCGGAGAGACUCGAGCAAAAAAAGGAGAGAGACACGCUUCUGCAACUGCGUGCUUGCGAACAUUCUGACGUCAUUCCUGCGAGGACGUCGACACUUGAGUUUGUAUCGGGGAUCCAGAGGUUGCAUCGAGGAAGACACAUCCUUGCCUGGGAGGAUACUCGUAUCCCAAGUGUCCCAAGUCGAGAGGAGAGGAGAGGCUCGACUUUGUUCAUGAAGAGUGGAAGGCCCCUCAGCUGGAAAUACAAAAGAAUGUUCCCGCAAAUAUCUUCAAGCCUCCUCUCUUCACCGGCUUCUACUGUUGCUUCUUCGUCUUCUUCCUCUUCUUCUUCCUCCUCCUCCUCUUCUUCUUCUUCUUCCUCAAGUGAUGAUGUGCGGAUCGACAAUCUCUCAUAAUCGCAUCAGUUGUGAGGAUGAAAGUGUGAGUGAGUCGGAUCUGUCUUUAAAGAUGAAGUAGAGGUCUUGCGAAGGAUUGAAAUUCGUAUCAAUAACUGAUCAGAAGGAUCGGAAGAGUAGAGAUUGAUUUGGAGAAGAGAGUGGAUUAUUUGGUAGAUUUGUAGAUUUUCUGGAAGGUCAAUACUGGCAUCCCACGUGGCAGACACGUGAGUGGAUUCUUCCGGAGAGUUGUCGUAAACAGAUGGGAAGAGACUGGAUGAUUAGAGACUGGGUGAUCGAACCCGAACAAAGUUGUACUCGGAGUUUUCUCUUCCUCGAAGGCCUUGCAAGUCCUCCUCCUCGUCUUCUUCCUCAACAUCUUUGCCAAAGCUGUCUUCGUGGAUUCUCCUUGGUUCGGCCGCGCAAACUCGAUCAAGCUGGAAUUGAUGGAGUUGGAGAACAUCGUAGCGAAUACUGUGUACCUGAAAGCCAGAGAAGGUGGUGGUGACAGCAAUAAAGGAAAGAGCAAAAAAUGGAGGAAAAUACUGCAAUUUCCACACAUAUCCCAGUGCAUAGGCCUAAAAGAUAAAUUGGAUAUAAGGUACGGCUAUGUGGUGGACCAGCAGCCGAUCGGACGGCUCCUAUUUCGGCAGUUUUGUCAGGACACGAAGCCAUCUUACCAUAGUUACAACCUCUUUCUCGAUUCGAUCGAGAAGUACGAGAUCGAGAUGGACGAGAAUCGAACAGAACUCGCCAAGAAACUUUAUGAAAAGUACCUGAAACGAGAUGUUUCCGGAGUCAUCGACAUCUUGAAUGAUUCCUUAGUCUCGCAAUGUGAGGAUAGACUGAGCACUGCUGGAAAGGAGAUCUUUGUCGAAAUCGCCCAGACCGUGAAGAACUUCUUAGCCGGCGAACCCUUCUCUGUCUUCCUCACCAGCUAUUACUUUUACAGGUAUCUCCAAUGGAAAUGGCUCGAGGCACAGCCCGUAACAUACAAGACCUUCCGAAUGUACCGAGUCCUCGGGAAAGGCGGUUUUGGCGAGGUCUGUGCUUGCCAGGUGAGGGCCACGGGGAAGAUGUACGCCUGCAAAAAGCUCGAGAAGAAGCGCAUCAAGAAACGUAAAGGCGAGGCGAUGGUUUUAAUUGAGAAGAACAUCCUGCAGAAGAUAAACUCAAAUUUCGUCGUCUCCCUGGCUUACGCCUACGAGACAAAGGACGCUCUUUGCCUUGUCCUCACCAUCAUGAACGGCGGAGACCUCAAAUUCCACAUCUACAACAUGGGCGGCGAGCCUGGCUUCGACAUCACUCGCGCCAGGUUCUAUGCCGCCGAAGUUGUCUGCGGCCUCGAGCAUCUCCAUCUCCAAGGCAUCGUCUACCGGGACUGCAAGCCGGAGAACAUCCUCCUCGAUGACCACGGUCACGUGAGAAUAUCCGACCUGGGUCUCGCCGUGGAAAUCACCGAGGACGACAUGGUCCGCGGCAGGGUUGGCACUGUUGGCUACAUGGCGCCGGAGGUGAUCGACAAUGAGAAAUACACCUUCUCGCCCGACUGGUUCAGCUUCGGCUGUCUCUUGUACGAGAUGAUCGAGGGCCAGGCGCCUUUCCGGGCCCGGAAGGAGAAGGUCGCGAGGGAGGAGGUCGACCGAAGAGUCAAGGAGGACCAGGAAAAGUACUCGCACAAAUUUAGCGAGGAGGCGAAGAGUUUGUGUCAGCAGCUCCUGAAAAAGAGCCCUAAGAGCAGGCUUGGCUGCAAGUGCGGCCGACACGGGGCGAAGGAAGUGAAGCUUCACAACUUUUUUCAGUGCAUGAACUGGAAGAGGGUCGAGGCGGGUAUGUGGGAACCGCCGUUUAUACCUGAUAAACAUGCAAUUUACGCGAAGGAUGUGUUGGAUAUCGAGCAGUUUUCGACAGUGAAGGGCAUCAAUCUGGACGCGACGGAUGAUACCUUUUAUAGCAAGUUUAAUACUGGCAGUGUCUCCAUUCCAUGGCAGAACGAGAUGGUGGAGACGGAGUGCUUCAAGGAGCUUAAUAACGUACUUGGGUUGAACAAUACACCCACUCCUGAUCUGCUGAUAAAUCAUCCUCCACCAAACAAUGAGAACAGAGGCUGCUUUCCAUUCAGAAGAAAGAAGAAACAGAGUGCUCGUACAAGACAGAUGCCGAUGUCAGAGUGCCAUUUGCGAGAGCUCUUACAGAAUCAGAACUGUGGCGAGUUGCCAGCCAGCUGAUCCAGAAUGAACUUUGGAAGUGUACACGCACCGACAGCGACGAGACAUCGUCCAGGAUUCCCGACACGCUGUAUCACGUUCCGCGAUCAAAUUCCACCCUCGAGCAACGGCAACGAUUCACGUGAACGGGUGAUAAUCGGCCAGCAGCAGAUGGGAACAACUCGCACUUGCUCGAUACAGAAAGUCAGCUGGAAAAACGCGAACGCUUCCAUGUGAGAGAAUUUCGCGUCGUCGUCGCCUUUUCUCAGAUCGAAGUCCUCUGCGUCCAAACGUCCUCGACCCAAAAAAACAACAACAAAAAAAACAAACAAAAUGAAACAGAAAAAAACGAGAGAAUGCCACACACAAUUUCAAGAAUUGCAAACAUUCAGACGAGGUACAAUCACUUUGAAAAAUGAAUUUCGAGCCUCGAUUAUUACCUCGAGAGAGGAGGAUGGCAGGCCAGAGUCGUUUCUGUAAAUAGGGCUGAGGCAAUGAAACUUAAUUUUGCGAAAUUACAAGAGUCCUUUAUCGCGUUUUCAGGAGUCUUCUGUUUUUUGUUUUUUUUUUUUUAUUUAA